AUGUCUUCUGGGAGCCCGUCUUUCGAGACUGUGUGGGAGGAUGCUUACAAGCGCUUGGAGACCGAACAGCCGGAGCUACUGACAGCGUACGAAGAAGGUAUCCUCGAGGAGACUCGCGCAAAAUGUCGAGAUUCGCGGACGAAGCAACUUGAACCUCUGGGAGCAAGGUCUACGCCUGCCAGACGGCAGCAACAGCUUCAACUUGUAUUGACAAUUCAGUUUGAAUACAUCGAAGAGCGGCAAUUGAUUAUACAUGUAGGCAAGAGGGACUUGAAGGUCCGUGACUGCGUCCGGAAAACGGUAAAGGCUAUCGAUGCGGCGAAAGGAUUCAUCGCUACGGCAGCCAGCAAUGAGCCCCAUGCAGCGUUGGCUUGGGCUGGUGUGUCUUGUUUGCUGCCCCUGAUUCUCAACGCAUCCACGAGCGAUGACGAUGCAAUUGAAGGACUCGACUACGUCCAAGAUAUGCUAUCCAGGUAUAGGGUCGUCCAAAGAGUGUUGAUGGAGAACAAGAUUCUCAAUCCUGGGACCUCUCAAGACUCCAUCCAACAGCGAGUGAGAUUACGUGCCCACGUUGUCGAGUUGUACCUGCAAACGCUGGUGUAUCAAUUCGCGCUCGUAAAGCAAUUUUCUCACGGCAAGGCAAAGCAAGUGAUGAGAAACGUGUUUCGAAAAGACAACUGGAAGCAGAAACUAGCCGAUGUCAAGGCGACCGAGCAGGAGUGCGAAUCUCAUCGAAAGGUAUUGGAAACAGAGACUCAAGCUCUGAUCAGCCAGGAACUCCUCAGCCAUGGCAAUAAGCUGGACCAUCUUAUACAAAACUCCGAAGACCAGAAGGCUCGCCAAGAAGCUUUGGAUGAACGAGCGAAGUUAGAAGGGUGGCUCAGUGCCAUGUAUCCCUCAGACAUGGACAGCCUUCACAUGGUUCUCCGGAAUCAACUGCCUCCGAAGAUGUUAGGGAAGUCAGGUACAUGGUUCGUCAAGCAGGUCAAAGACUGGUUGAAUGAGGACAAAGACAUGGUGUAUUGGGGCCGUGGCGAUCCUGGAGUCGGCAAGUCGAUGUUGAUCUACGACUACAGGUCAGAAGCCGUAGACGCCAUCGGUCACUCGCUCGAGGAUUACAACUUUGACGCUUAUGCCUUUACCUAUCUGCAAUGGGACAAGCAGCAUCAACAGACACCAACCGCCGUGCUGGCUAACAUUCUCUCGAAAUUGUGUUCAGCUUCUGCCAGCCUUACAGCUGCGUUGCUGAAACUAUGCAACACAUCCCGAGAGACGCACAUAGCGCCAUCAGCGAUGGAUCUACAAUCCGUUCUCACUGCUCAUGGUCGCCACUCGGACGAUGAUGACGACGAGAAGACGCAAGCUCGAUUUCUGAUUCUAAUUGAUGGCCUCGACGAAGCAGAAACUGAUACACGAAUCGCCCUUGUCAGAUGCAUCAAUGCUCUGAAUCCACGCUACUUCCGUGUCAUUAUUACUUCGCGGAAAGACCUGACCGUCACCACGACUGCUGCCUGGACCACCGAAUUCAAUAUACAGGCCGACUCGAAAGAUCUGGUGAUGUUUGUGUAUGCCGAGUUAGGGCGGAUCGAGCUUGCAGCGUCGGUUCUAGAGAACAAAACAGAUACGAGAAAGUGGCUUGCGAGCCGUGGAGAUGGGAUGUUCCUUCUUGUCAAGCACCAUACCCACCAUGUUGGCAAUCAGACAACUGUCCCAAAAAUGAAGGAGGCUGCUACCAAACCUUUCGCACUGGAUGCUGUUUAUGACGAGAUGCUCAAGCAUGUAGAGCUCGACGAACAAUUCUCUGAGGAUGCCAUCAAAGCCCUAUGUUGGCUUGCAUACGCUCGACAGACAUUCACGGCCGGCCUAUUAACCGAAGCACUUGCAAUAACUCCUGGCGAUGCGGAGUUCAACGCACAAAACAUCAUUGACGUAAAGCAGGUUGCACGACUAUGUCGAGGUCUGGUGGUGCACGACACGGAGUCUGAUACUAUCCGCUUGGCCCACCAGACUGUAAAGGACUACCUGAGACAGUUGGACACGAUAGCUCAGCUUGAGCCUGUGAUUUGUGCGACUUGUUUCACAGCACUGGCGCUGGAACGGCGAACAAGCAGACAUGACGAGGAUUGUUCGAGGCCCGUCACUGUUGGAAUCAACAGAGCUGGCACCGACGAUGUCCUUGCGCAACUCGCGGAGUCGGAUUUGGAUCUCGAAGCGGAGACCAGCGGCAUAGACAAUGUUGCAAAGGGCAUGGGUAGCAAGACUCCAACCUCCCCUCUUCUUCCUAAUGAUGCACCCGACGAUGUUACAGACCAGAUGGAGAUGGUCCCUGGAUUCUUUCAUGCUUGGGCAGAUGGAACAACAGAAUUCACCAUUUACGCGGGCACCUUCGCUUUGGAGCAUUUCGUAUCAACAGACAAGAGGCCCGAUUUUGUCGUUGAAGCACUCUGGAACUUCCUCUCGAAGCGGCCUGCAGCUGGGAUGCUACGGUCGCUCACACGGGGCCGAAACAAGUAUCCCCAUGGUCACACGCCUUUGGAUGUGGCCACUUGGCUGGGCCACCUUCCUACGAUAUCACGACUGGUAGACGAAGGUGUGAAUGUCAAUGUUACGGAUUCAAGGCGUCGUACACCACUGAUGGCCGCUGCUGCAUGGGCUGUCCCAGAAACGAUUGUACAUCUUCUCAGUCUGGGUGCGGACCCAGAAGUGGUAGCUGUUCACGGGCAGGUCGCCCUAGAGAUGCUGCAGUGUGAUGUGGACGAAGAGACUGUUCGACUUCUAUUGCCCAAAGACCACGGAUUUCGCGAGGACAUCUUGUUCAACUUUGCAGAACGCGGCUUCUACAACUGCGUCAAAGUAUUCUUGGAGCUGGGCAUAGGAGACGCACAUGGUACAUACGGCCCAAAAUGUCGUUCGCCUUCACACAUCGCCUCUGAGCGCGGUCAUACACAUGUUGUUGAUCUCUUGUGUCAGCACGGGUGUAACGUGAAUGCUACUGACAGUGACGGAGACACGCCAUUGCACCUUGCCGUCGACAGCGGGACGCCCAAACUUCUCGACAGACUUCUGCGGGCCGGAGCAGAUCUCAACCUUGUGGACAACCGGAACGAGCAUGCACUACUCAGAGCUGCUUGGGGUGGGCACUGGCCGGACCACCAUCUCGCAGAGGAUGUCAUGGAAGAAAUGUUCGAAUCGCUGCUGGACUACGACGUGGAUUUGGAGAUCAAGGCCCGAAAUGGAGGCACUGCGCUUUGGGAAGCUCAAGAGUACUCCAGAGCGAUCCAGAAACUGAUCGAGGCUGGUUGUAAUCUUCAUACCGAACGUGCCGGCAUCACAACUUUCCAGAACCUUGCUAUCCAUUCGCCAGACUCGCGUUCUUACGAUGUGCUUUAUGCGGCCGAGCAACGUCUCGCAAAACGAGAAGGCCGACAAUUCACCGUGCUGGUACCCAACUCCGAAGGCGACACGUCGCUACACCUAACAGCUGGAGGCAAGAACUUGCGACCCGUUGAGAAACUGCUCUAUAUUGAAGGUGUGGACGUGAACAUCCGGAAUCGGGCCGGGCAGACGCCCUUAUUCAAGGCCAUGCAUCUCCACGGCGAACAAAUCGCUCAACGACUCCUGACCGAAGGGGCUGAAACGGACAUUAUCGACCACAGAGGCAACUCAAUACUGGACGCAGCCAUCACUGCUGCUACCCCGAAGAUGAUUGGCAGGAUAUUGCAAGGGAGCUGUAGUAUCGAGGCACCACACUGGACUGUGGAUACGCCACAGGUCCAGCAGUUGGGCAAUGAGCCGUGGUUCCAGAAGCUUGCUGAUCUGAUUGCGAAGCGCAAUGAGCGGACUUCUUCUCUGGUCGAUCUGCCACACACGCGAGUUGCCUUGGAGGAUCCGGUGAUGGUCCGUGACAGCGAUAAGCCGAAGGACAAGUGUAUUUUACGUCUGGUCGUGCCAGACCACUUAGGCAACGUACGUGAGGUGACGUUCUACAUGGAGGGGCGCGACCAAGGACACAGUUGGAAGCAAAGAGAAUACGGCGGGACCUACUCCUUUGCUUGCUCGCUGUUCGAAACAGGCAUUCGGAAGCAAGGCAGGGGGAAGUUGGAGUCUGUUCGUCCGGUGCAGAAAAAUUUGCAUGCGGAUGGCGAGGCAAGACCGUACACUAUCUCAUGGAACCGCGAGAGCAAGCAUCCGAAGGAGAGGGACUGGGUUCGCAGUCUUGAGCCUGGGGAUAAGAUCGUGCUGAGGGCGCAGGCACAUGGCAGUGGCUGGCAGAAUCGAGUUCGGGCUGCUAGCAUUGACAUUUGGGGUGAUGGGAAGCAAUGGUGA